AGCAUCAUUGUUGAAGAAAACAAAAAGUAUAAGCAUAUUUAAAAUAUCAAUGACCAAACAAAAUGUUCCAGCUCUCAAAACUUGCAAAGCUGUCACCAGCUUUUGAGGAUACUCCCUCCCUUCACGCGUCCCACACCACCCUACAUAUUAUUCUCAUUCAAAUACAUGAUACGGCCACCAACGUAUAUAUAAACCCUCUUUCUAACAUAAUAUUAUCAUUCACAUCACAACUAUUACUAAAUAACAAACACUUUUGUGUCCAAUGGCUUCUUCUAUUCGCAUUAAUAUGCUUGUCGGAGUUAUGAUUAUCAGCUCCUUGGUAGCUACAUGUGCUGCUAAUUUCAACCAAGACUUUGAUCUAACAUGGGGUGAUCAUCGUGCUAAAAUAUUCAAUGGAGGUCAGCUUCUAUCUCUUUCUCUAGACAAAGCCUCUGGCUCUGGCUUUCAAUCCAAGAAAGAAUACUUAUUUGGUAGAAUUGAUAUGCAACUCAAACUUGUUGCUGGAAACUCUGCUGGAACCGUCACUGCUUACUACUUGUCAUCACAAGGACCAACUCACGAUGAAAUUGAUUUUGAGUUUUUGGGGAAUGUUAGUGGUGAUCCAUACAUUCUCCACACAAAUGUGUUUUCUCAAGGCAAAGGAAACAGAGAACAACAGUUCUACCUCUGGUUCGACCCAACCAAGAACUUCCAUACGUACUCUAUCAUAUGGAAGCCACAACACAUUAUAUUCUUAGUUGACAAUAUUCCCAUAAGACUGUUCAAGAAUGCUGAAUCUGUUGGUGUUCCAUUCCCAAAGAACCAACCAAUGAGAAUCUAUUCAAGUCUAUGGAAUGCUGAUGAUUGGGCUACAAGAGGCGGUUUGGUGAAAACUGAUUGGUCCAAAGCACCCUUUACAGCUUACUAUCGCAAUUUCAAAGCCACUGAACUCUCCUCUGUGUCUUCCAAUUCGUUCUCUGAUUCUACACUGCAGAACAACAAUGAGCUUGAUGCUUAUGGUAGAAGAAGAUUGAGAUGGGUUCAGAAGUACUUCAUGAUAUAUAAUUACUGCAAUGAUCUUAAGCGAUUCCCGCAAGGAAUUCCUGCUGAGUGUAGGCGCUCAAAGUUCUAAAAGAUAUGUUAUGUUUGAUAAUGAAUAACUUAUCAUAUUACUAGAUAUGUCAAAUGUAUUUGUUCGCUUCUGUUUUAAUUUAUUAUGAUUCUUUCAUUUUAUAUUUUUUGGGUGUGUGUAUAUUAUAUAACACAUGAUCAAACAAAUCAUAUUCUUUGUUAUACUUUCA